UAUAUGUGUAGUUGGGAUUCAAAAUGUCAACUCUCAACUAAUCAGAAGAAGUAUACAUAGCCAAGACUUUGUCUACCUCUCUAUCUCAACCCAACACACAAACGUGCCUAUUCCACUCUCACCAAAAUUUACAAAAAUUUAAAAUAUUUGUUUGCAUUCACAUACAACUUUGGUUUACAACUUUACGAUACAUACAACAACAACAACUUGCUCCGCACAUAUCUCGUUUCAACUAAAAUUUUUAAUUUAAUGGACCAAUUUGGCCACCCACUCUCACUCUUCUUCUCACGCAACUUCUCAAGAUUCUUUCUUCUUCACACUUCAUCUUUAUUCUAUAUAUCUCUCUCUCUCUCAAUCUCUUUGCUCUCUUUACUUGUAAAACAAUGGCCCUUGAAGCUCUGAACUCACCAAGAAUUGUCGAAGAUACAUCAAGAAUAUUCCAUGGCGUUGAGCAAUGGACGACCAAAGGCAAGAAACGAUCCAAACGUUUUUCAAGAUCUGGUCAUCAUCUUCAAGACCAUGGUCUCACUGAAGAAGAGUAUCUAGCUUUCUGUCUCAUGCUUCUUGCUCGAGACCGCGGCGAUCUUGAUUCUGUGACGGCUGCCAAGAAACAGGGUUAUUAUAAGUGUGGCGUGUGUGACAAGAAGUUUUCUUCUUACCAAGCUCUUGGUGGUCAUAAGGCGAGUCACCGGAAUUUAAACGGCGGUGGAGAUAAUGAAAAGGCGGUUGCGGUUUCCCCCGCCGUGAAAUCUCACGUUUGUUCUAUCUGUUUGAAAUCUUUUGCUACUGGUCAAGCUCUUGGUGGACAUAAGCGGUGCCAUUACGAAGGGAAUGGAAACGGCGGCGUUUCAAAUUCUGAAGGUGUUGGAUCUACUAGCCAUGUUAGUAGUAAUAGCCACCGUGGAUUUGAUCUUAAUAUUACGCCGGUAAGGGAAUUUUCGCCGGACGAUGAAGUGAUGAGUCCGAUGGCGACGAAGAAGCCUCGUCUUAAGUGAAGUUUACUAUAAACUGUAAAUUUCAAAAGAUUCAAUUUUGCAAAACAUUUUUUUUUAGCUUGUACCUUUUUAUAACCCUAUGAAUUUUGAUUGAAAUUUUUUUA